CUUGGUUGUGCCCAGUUCAUGUCUUGUCAAGUAAAAGUCGAAAAUACUGAUUUACGUCUUUAAUUCUCAACUAAUCUAAUAAACAUUUAUUUUACAUCAUGUUUCAAGGUGGUGGUUUUGGGACUGGUACGUCCAGCACGUUUGGUUCAUUUAACAAGCCAGCCACCAGCUUUGGCAGCACACAGCCAGUGUUCGGCUCCAGUGGAGGCUCUUUGUUUGGAUCCACGCCACAACCCUCCUCGGGUGGACUGUUUGGAUCCUCCACAGCCGCACCUGCGUUUGGCCAGCCGCAAACAACCACUCCCUCUUUUGGAGGCUUUUCAAGCAACACAGGCACCGGUCUGUUCGGUAGUAAUCAAAAUGCCUCAACCAGUAGUGGGCUUUUUGGCUCUACAACUACAUCAGCGUUUGGUCAAGCAAAGCCCGCGUUUGGAGGGUUUGGGACCACCCAGACUUCGAGCUUGUUUGGUCAACAACCCACGGCCCAGACCCAACCACAGUCCACCAACAUUUUUGGCCAAACUCCUGGCACAUCUAGUACUGGACUUUUCGGUUCUUCAGGAGGGUUCGGCAGCACUCUGGGAGCUACCGCCAAUCAAGGCACUGGUGCUGUCAAGUUUGUGGCAGUCACUGGAACCGACAGCAUGGUGAAGAACGGCGUCUCUCAGACAAUCAGCACCCGGCAUCACUGCAUCACCUGUAUGAAGGAGUACGAGGGCAAGUCCCUGGAAGAACUGAGAUUGGAGGACUACGCGGCCAAUAGGAAGGGACCGCAGCAGGGUGUUCAGCCAAGUGGCGGGUUGUUUGGGUCAACUCCGCAGCCAUCCUUGUUUGGUGCAGGUGCCAGCAAUACUACUGGAACUGGCACCGGACUCUUCGGUGCUACUGAAAACAAACCCUUAUUCGGAAAUACCAACACAUCCAUAGGUUUUGGUCAGACCAGCAAUGUGUUUGGCAACACAGGGAACUCUCUGUUUGGCAAACCAACAACUGCAACUCCUGCAUUUGGAACUCCAACUACGACCACAAGCUCCUUUGCUUUCAACUCCACCCCCAACUCCAACCCUUUUGGCUCCAACAUGGCUCAGGUUAAACCUUUUGGAACCUCACAACCGCUGUUUGGUACGGCUACUUCCCAGCCUAACACAGGAUUUGGCUCACAAACCCCUGGAUUUGGCAGCACUUUUGGACAACCAGCAACUCAGAGCACGAGUCUGUUUGGUCAGCAACCAGCCAAGCCUGCAUUUGGAACUGCUACAACUCCGUUUUCCUUUGGCCAAUCCUCAACCACCACGGCGGGAACGUCUUUGUUUGGGGCCAAACCCACUAACACAUUUGGAUCACCUUUCGGCUCAACAGCAACGACCAACACGGGCUUUGGCACAACAACCACAGGGUUUGGGGCCACCAAUCAGAACACUUCGCUGUUCGGCAACAACACGUUUAAACCGCCUGCGUCAAACUUCAGUUUCAACCCGACUCCCACCUCCAACAGUACGCUAGGCCUGAAUCUAGGAGGCGGUAGCUCGCUGUUUGGUAACAACGCCAACAAGCCGAGUUUGUUUGGCAGUACGAACACAGGCACAGGACUGUUCGGCAGUUCUGGUUUUGGCAGUAAUACCAACACUUCGUUCGGCAACAACACCAACACAGGCCUGGGUAUGAGCAUGCCUAUGGGAUCACUUCUUGGAGGGAGUACAUUUACAUCGUCCAAUGCUAGCCAGCAAGCUGCUAAUCCCCUCAAUCAGCAUAUCCUAGCAUUAGCCUCGAUGCCGUUUGGUGACAAUCCUUUGUUUAAAAACCUUCUUCCUACGACCGGUAAAACAGAAGAGUUGCUGAAACCUGCUCCUGGUGCAACACAAAAGAAUCUUCUCAAUGGAAACAACUUCAAAGUAUCUACAACAAACACUGCUAAGAUCAAAAUGAAACCAAUUGGGACAUCUACGCUGACCAAAGUAUCUCUCUUCGAGGGGCUGGAAGACGACCCCAACUAUUUCCAGAAGAUGCAGAUGAAGCCAACCAUCAAGAGGCUGGUGAUAUCCGGGCGGGGCCCUCGGUCACCCAAGUCUCCCAUGGAACCAACCGGCCCCGCCAGUCCCUUCCUGCCUUUAGAGAACCUCACUGCAGACAAGACCAGUCCCCGCUUCUUCACACCCUUGGACAGUGUGACUUCUUCCCCUGCUGCGGACACUACUAAAUUAAGUUCAUCUCAGAACGAACCAUCGUCCCCAACAGCUGCCAAGGCUUCCUCUAAAGAUGAAGGAUCAAACACAGUGUUGAUGACAACAGUAGCCCAAAGUCCUGAACCAGAAAACACAAUGUUGGAACUUGGCGGUAAACUGGUGGCUUCCCCUACAACCACCACUAGUGCUACCAACACGACACUGGACAACAAAGAAAACCAAGAGCAGUCAUCCUCCUCUACCAGCUCAGACUCCGACACCUGUGAGCUAGUUUCUGACGCACCAAGUCCUACGGGUAUCACACUGCGUCGUGUUGGCUACUACACAAUUCCAUCCAUGGAACAGUUGGCCAACCUGCUGGAUGAAGAAGGUCACUGUGUCGUAGAUAACUUCACUGUAGGUCGCUACAACUACGGCAACAUAUUCUUCCCAGACUCAUUUGACGUUUCAGGGCUCAACCUCGAUGACAUAGUACACUUCCGUCACAAAGAGGUAACCGUGUAUCCUGAUGAGAGUAAGAAACCUCCGCUGGGUGAAGGAUUGAACCGAGCGGCGCAGGUGACACUGGACCGUGUCUGGCCUUUGGACAAGGUGAAGCGUGAGCCUAUCAGCGACCCUGCUGCGCUCGAGGAACUCGACUACGAGGCCACACUGCGCCACGCCUGUGCCAAGAUGGGCGCUCGAUUCAAGGAGUAUCGAUCUCAAACUGGCUCUUGGGUGUUUAAGGUGGAUCAUUUCUCUAAGUAUGGACUCUCAGAUUCAGACGAGGAUGAAGAACCGGUGUCGGACAUCAAGAAAUUGCGGCUGAGUUCAGCUCCCCCCCAGGUCUUCCCUCCGGGGCCGAAAGAUUUGGGUUUGAAACGCGGCCUAGAUGGAGCUUGGAUUCCUCCUCCCCAGAGUACCCCGGCUGCUUCACUGUUGGGGCUGGACGAAGACGAUGAAGACAUGAAUGACGACCUGAUCAAGACACCCUUCGACCUUGAUGACAACUACCAGCCAACACAGCUGAGUCCCUCCAUGCAGUUAGCAAGACAGAUGGGUGCGUCUGCUCAGAAGGUGCAACUUAUGAAGGCUUCCUUCUUCCCAGAUGAGGUCGACGAAUUCCCAAUCAAUGGUGACUUCAUCGAUUAUAGAAUGGGCGCAAUGCUUGAUGUAGAAGAACUAGACCAAGGAACAAAGCUUUUCAAGAGUUUUCCUCUGUUUCGAACUCAAUUCAGCAAAUACGAAGAGACUCCUCCCUUGCCGUUUCAACCGGUUGGAGUUGAGCGAGAGAUGAGUCCAGUGCCCUCAGCCGAGAUUGAGAUGCCCGCAGCUACGCCCGUACCCACAGUCAAGCCCCAACACCGAGCCCUCACGCUGCCUGACUCUGGCGUCGUCUGCUACUCACGCUCCCUUGCUGCUCGACCAGAUGUGGCUGCUCGCUGUGCUGUUGACUUGGCAUUGUUCAAGGGCCGUAGCUUCAGAGUUGGCUGGGCAAAGGAUGGCGUCUUGGCUUCACUCAGUACACAUAAGGUUGCUCGUACGGUAGACUGGUCAAUGCCCAUGGAUCAGCUGGCUACAGUUUUGGAGGGAAGACAGGACGGAGAUACUUCUCCCUCCAUUGUGCAGCGUAUCCGCAUCCUCCCAGGCCAUGAUGAGGCAUCCAAUGUCUCUUUCCAGUCCAGUAUAGAAGAACAUCUGGAGAUUGCCCUGGAACACUCGCUAUGGAGUGAGGGUGAGGAGUGCCCCAGAGCAGCUCCCAAGGCUGGGGUUGCUGCUUUACACGCCCACUGUGACCAGGCUCUACACAGUCCCCCACACGGCCCUGCUCUACAGGUGUGGCAACUGUGUGUAGCAUUGUGGGGCGACCUGCCUGACCUCGACCCCCAUGAGCUACCCACAAGUCAUCAUGCUGUGAUGGUACGACGGCAGGCUGUCAGUGACUGGCUGGAGACUGUCGUCACAGAGAAGGUGAGAGGAGAGUUGGCACAAGACACGACCAACACAGCAGCUAAUGUUUUCUCUUUGCUGACUGGCCACUGUGUGCUGGAGGCCUGCAACCAGGCAAACAUUAUUGGUGAUGCAUACACAUCUCUUCUGCUCGCACAGCUGGGAGGUUGUAGCAGUGUGAAGGUAAUGAUGGAGCAGCAGCUGACACAGUGGGUGGACACUGAGGCAGACAAGCUGAUAGACAAAGACCGCCUCAAACUGAUGAUGUUGGCAGCUGGCCGGCCUAUAUUGCAUGCUUCCGACAAGCUCAUCAACAUCUGCGAGAACCUCGACUGGAAACGGGCCUUCGCUCUGCAUUUGUGGUAUAUAUGCUCACCUGUGGCCUCUGUGACCGAUGCUCUGUUGCGGUAUGAGGCGGCCUUCUCAGAUGAUGAUGACGACCCUUACGCCUGCCCGCCGCUACCGAGCCACCUAGGUGAUCUAGAGUGGGAGAGCACAGGCGGGCAAACAGUGUACGACGUCUGCUACCACUUGCUGAAACUGUACAGCAGCCGAGCACAUCCACUUGCACCUCUGCUCAAUCCUGCGACACAUUCGGCCGACCCCUUGGACAAUCGUUUAAGUUGGCUGCUGUUGCGCACAGUCGAGGCUCUCGGCUACAAUCAUGUUUCCGCAGUUUCGGCUGCCAAUAUACACACAGGGUUUGCUGCCCAGCUGGAGGCGCACGGGCUGUGGCACUGGGCUGUCUUUGUGUUGCAACACCUUGCCGAUCCUAAUGGACGACGCAAGGCUGUGUUAGAUGUGCUAGGUCGUCACAUCUCACUGUCGCAAGAUGAAGAUGCUGCUAAGGUGGAGUCAUUCCUCAUCAACCAACUUCACAUUCCUCGACAGUGGGUGUACCAAGUUAAGGCUAUCAAGGCUUCCUCACACUUCCAACACAAAGAAGCAGCAAUGUUCCUACUGGAAGCUGAACAAUGGAAUGAAGCACACAAAGUGAUUAUACAACAUAUAUCUGCCAAAGCAAUAAUAAAUGAUAAGUACCAAUACCUGGAAGGUUUGCUGAAACGACUGGCUCCUCAUAGUAAGGUAAUCAGUAAUUGGAGCCACGAAGGGUCUUUGCUGCUCGACUACCUCAGCAUGGUGCACCAGGUGAGUCUGCUGAUGACUCAGCACAGGGACAACACCAUUGGCUAUCACCUAGAGAGACUUCAGCCACUGUUCACUAGCCUGUGUACCCGGAUACCUCAGCUACCCACACCUACAGCGAUACACAGGUUAUGUCAAGUAGAGAUAGCCAAGCGAGCAGUGAGUCUGAUCCGCACAGUGUUGAUCCUACAGAAGGGCAGCAACGCCCAGACCAUGGACAUGUCAAUGUCAGUGUUGGCAACCCUGGUACACCAACUGCCACUGCCGGAGGACUACAGCAAACAAGAGCUUCAGGAGAUAAUAACAAGUCUCCUAGGAACAAUUACACGAUGAGACGAUUAAACAAACACAAAAUAAGCCAAUGUUAUGGCUGUCGUUCGCUUUGGAUUAUAAUCUAUGAGUUUUUACUCUGUACUUCGGUGCUGUAGAGAUAUUUCCAUCAAUUUAGGUCGGGCUAAGUGGUUAAAAGUAAUUUUGGGUUUAAGCCUAUGUCGAUGAAACGUGUUAUAAAAUUCUAUCUAUCAAACCGUAUAAGUAUUUAUCCCUUAUCUGUUAUCGAUCAGCUUUUUUUUCAGUCAAGUUAGGUUCAAUUGAGAAAUAUUUGAAUAUUCUAUUUGUUGGAUAGGAAUGCCAGGUAAGGUGUUUAAUGUUCCUAAUGGAGAUAUUUGAUAGGCU